UGCCCCAUCAUUGGUGUCAGUGGGAGGAGGAAUAGUGCCCCAUCAUUGGUGUCAGUGGGGGGAGGAUUAGUGCCCCAUCAUAGGUGUCAGUGGGGGGAGGAAUAGUGCCCCAUCAUAGGUGUCAGUGGGGGGAGGAAUAGUGCCCCAUCCUUGGUGUCAGUGGGGGGAGGAAUAGUGCCCCAUCCUUGGUGUCAGUAGGGGGAGGAAUAGUGCCCCAUCCUUGGUGUCAGUGGGGGGAGGAAUAG